AUGCCUGCUCUUCCAGCCUCCGACCUUCGCAGCGAGGCCAAGGCCUACAGACGUGAUAAGACUCAUACCACUAAGUGGGCUCGAGGUGGUCGAAACGCACCGGGCAGAACCUGCACCCACAGUGCCUCUUUCCCUGGAUCCAAUUGCACCGAAUGCACUAUUACACGACCUCUUCCUCGAGACGGGGGCCGCAACAACAGCAGCCACUUCUGGCAUCGAGCUGAGCGAGCAAACGCACACGCCAAUGGCCACCGCCAGGGCAGCAUUGCUCGGAAAGUCCUUGACUACGAUGUCACCGAAGCUACAUUGAGCUCAGACACCGAUAGAAGUGACGAGGAUGUACCUGCCACCUCCGAGGCACCCAUUCCAGCAAGCGAAGUCAUGUACAGCUACGACGCCCCCAGUGGUCCUACUGCUGGUACCGAUGUCCUCAGCAACGCCGUUAUGCAGGCUGUCAAGAGAUACGAGAACAAACAGACGGAGCAGCUGGUGAAGAAUGAAUACAACCUGGUCGAUGGCAAGGAAGCUGAAGAUGCUGAUGACGAAGAUGAGUUUGAAAUUAUUGGUCAUGAAGAGUACCUCAACUAG